AUGGCUCAGCCCUACGAACCCAGGGCGGUAACACCGCUGCCUCGCAUACCGCUAGCUCCCAUGCCGCGGCCCCAAGUCAGCAUAGAACGCCUUCCCACGCGCCGCAUGAGUAACGAGCCCCGUGAAUCCAUGAAUUGCAAAUCGUGCCGGAAGCGCAAGAUAAAAUGCAACCGGCUUCGCCCCGCCUGCGAGGCAUGCCAGGUGUUCCAAUGUCCCUGCAUAUAUGCCAUAGAUGCCGUUCCAAAGAAGAGAGGUCCAAAAACCGAUGUAUUGGAGGCUCUAUUGAAAAGGGUGGAUGGGCUCGAAGCCCGACUCAAGGACAAGAAGGCGAAUGCUGAGGCAGAAAGCUCCGAAAGCGCUGUGGUGGACGCCCCUGAAGCAUCCGCUUCAACCCAGUCGGCGUCAAACGGGAUAUCCGGGACGACGGCCGAUGAUGCCCAAGAACCUCAAGACACGAUCGUAUUUUCUCCUCGCAGUGAGCAAUCCCCCGACCCCCAUCCGGAUACAUUACUCGACAUCUACUUUACCCGUUUCCACGACAAACCCUUCUACAUUUUUGAUGAGUCCACCUUACGGCAACGUUUGCAACUAGAACAAGUACCCGGCUACCUGAUCCACGCCAUCUAUGCGGUAGCUGCCAGAUAUGCGCCUCACCCGAGUGGCUACCAGUCCGCUGUGAAACUGAGCGAGGAGUAUGCCGCCAAGUCAAGAUUGGAGAUGGACACGGACGACCCAUCUGUGGACGCGCUACAGGCCCUAGUACUUCUUGUAACAGCAUUCACAGCCUCGGGAAAGGGAAAAAAAGGCGUACAUGUUGCUGAGUAUGCCAUUUUUCAACCCAUCUACAACACCAAAACUGACUGUCUUGUAGCAAGCGCUGUUGGGAUGGCUAUGGCUUUGGAGCUGCAUCGGGAGUUGGACAUGAGCGCUCGUGUCACACCAAUCGAACGAGAAAGUCGCCGAAGGCUGUUCUGGACUUGUUACCUUCUCGACCGUUUUAUGUCCUGCGGCUCGAAGCGCCCAUCCCUGAUCUCGGACCGGGCCAUACUUUUACGACUCCCGUGCUGGUUUCCUAGCCCGAAUUCGAUGCCCAUGGAAGGGGACUUCUUCCAGAGCUAUACGAACCUCCAGCACCUGCAGGGCGGAGGCAAAAAGGCCCAGGGAAGCAACGGGAUGCUCAUAGACAUCUGUCGCAUACUCGGCACAACGAAUCAGUACCUAGCAGCCGGCGGCGUCAAGGGCGAUUCUCAUUUUCCAUGGCACUCGCUAUCUAAUCUCUCCAAGAUCCGCCAGGACUUGGAUGUGUGGGCGUCAGGAACAGAGGACGUCUUUUCGAGCGUGGAAUCUCUGUUUGGACAGCCGGAUUCCACGGUGCUUGUGCUAAGCAAGCUGAUCUAUCACCUUAUUCAUUGUCUCAUCUACCGCCCCUUUCUGCCCAUCGACCUUGCGGAACUGGCAGGAACUGGCCAACACCAAUCUUGGCAGAUCGAAGCCACAAAUAUGUGCUUUCUGCACGCCAACGCCAUCGCGGAGCUCGUGGAACUCGGCAAACAAACCGCGUCGGUGGAGUGGCCUGCCUUCGUAGGCUACUGCAUCUGCACAGCCGGCACAGUACACAUCCAUGGCGCUCAUUACAGCAGGAUCGGCUCUGCCGGCGACAUGAACGUGUUCAGGUCCUCAACCGACUUCCUGUCGAGGGAGAUGCAGCAGCUGAGCGAGCUGCGAUACGCGUGGGCAAGUGUUCAGCAUCAGCGUGAGACCCUCCAGGGAAUUUACCACGCACAUUCAGAGCUGGUCAAGAGCCUUUCCCAGAGCCCGAUGCGGUAUUCGCCGGUAUUCACCCUCGAAGACUUCUUCGACCGAUAUUCCAACAUUGGAGGACCAGGAGGGCAAAGCUUUAGCUUUGACUCGGCGAAUCUGAGUCUUGCCGAUGUUGUCGUGGACUUCACAACCGAUACGUAUCCGGGCCAGGACCUCUACGCACCCCGAGUCAACGCCUCGGACCCCGGACCGUCUCGGCCAAACCUCAAGAGGAAGAACACAGCCCCAUCAGGCCGCCCGAGGCCAGACCUCAAGAAUCUACUGUCCCUCAACAACAUGAACCCCCCACCCGCACCGUCCUUAUCCACACCGUCGACUGCCAAUAGGCCGCUCUUCUCACCGGCGUCGCUACCACCCCAGCCAUCGCCCGGAAUCCUACACACCCCAACACAUGGUUCCCUACAGCAGAAUCGCCGCCUGAGCAUGUCGCAUGGAUCGGUAACCGGCGGUGCCAACGGAGAAGGCCUCGCGGGCUUCUCGCUCAAUAACGGCGCGAGUAACCAGGCAGCAGACUUACCGCAUGGAUUCCCUAGCAUGGGCAACAGCGGUUUCAAUCCGUCCUUUAAUUUUGGCCAGCUCCCCGGCUCCACACCCGGCCCCAGUGGCGGGCCGCAGAGUUUCGACCCCAUGUUUGGCGGGUUACCCACCAAUGCCUUUGGCACGCCUACUCCGUGGCACGGCGACGAAAACGGGAGACCGCCCGUCGUAGGGGCUACGCCCAAGGAUACGAGCCCGAACGAAAGCGCGGCCACGACGGGGCCGGGGGAGGAGAAGGAUCCAUUCCUCAGCUUGCUAGAGCAGCUAGCCGAGAAUGAGUCGUUUAUGGGUAACGGGGGUAAUGAGUUGGAGUUCUUCUUAAACGGGGCCCCUGCUUCAGGGUAAUGGCGAGGCGGGUAAUGAUUUCGGGAUGGGUGCACUUGGAUAUACCCGUAUGUGGACAUGAGCGGCGAAAGGGGUUGGUUUUCUAGCGCGGAGUUGGUGAACGGUGUUUGUCUUGUAUAAAAGGGUACGGGUUGGAUAUGUACAAACGGUCUUCAGGCAGCUACUCGCCAACUAAAGGUAUUACGGGUACAAGUACGUUGUUGAUAUAGG